AUGGCAUCGAGAGAUUGCAUAGCUGAAGAUGCGACUGAACUUAUUGGUAACACACCUAUGGUUUAUCUGAGAAAAAUUGGCCGAGGAUUAGCAGGUAUCAUUGCUGCCAAGGUUGAAUAUUUAAACCCCGCAUGCUCCGUGAAAGAUCGGAUUGGGUUAGCCAUGAUCAGAAGUGCAGAAGAUGCUGGAAAGAUUCGUCCAGGUCUCACUACGUUGAUAGAACCUACAUCCGGCAACACGGGAAUCGCACUUGGAUCAGUAGCUGCUGCUCGAGGAUAUCGUCUUAUCAUUACUAUGCCAGCAAGUAUGAGCAUCGAAAGACGUACAUUACUGAGAGCAUACGGUGCGGAGCUCGUUUUGACUGAUCCUGCUUUGGGGAUGAAAGGAGCGAUCGAACGCGCUAAAGAAUUACAUAAAAAUAUACCGAAUAGUUACAUUCUGGCUCAGUUCGAUAAUCCUGCCAAUCCACAAGUGCAUUACGCAACAACUGGUCCUGAAAUAUGGAAACAAACGCGAGGAAAAGUGGACGUAUGUGUUUUCGGUGUCGGAACAGGAGGCUCAAUUACAGGUGUAGGUCAGUACCUGAAGGAACGCAAGCCAAGCGUUAAGAUGUUUGCCGUUGAACCGGUGGAGAGUGCAGUUCUCAGUGGUAAUCCGCCUGGCGCGCACCGGAUCCAAGGAAUUGGAGCUGGCUUCACUCCUUCUGUUCUUGACACGUCAAUAUAUGAUGGCAUUGUUACCGUACAUUCAGACGAAGCUAUGAUAAUGGCUAAAAGAAUGGCACUCGAAGAAGGUCUUCUAUGUGGUAUAUCAUCUGGUGCCAAUGUUCAUGCUGCCUGUAAGGUUGCUUCACGUCCAGAAAUGUCUGGGAAGUUAAUUGUCACACUGUUACCAAGUUUUGGUGAGCGCUACCUUUCUACCCCCUUGUAUAUGGAUAUUCGUGACGAAGCGAUAGGCAUGAAUGUGAGUGCACUUGAAAAAGAUUUAAGCCGAAUCAACCUUCCUCAACUGGAUUUAGAGAGAAUAAACACCUAUAAAAUCUAG